GUUUCAUUAUGUUCGCCACGCUAGCAUGAUUUGAAUUGAGUGAAUUACCAUACCUGUUAGGAAUCAACCAUUAGCGCUGCCUCAUGGAAUCCAUGCUUGCCAUGCACAUAAGACCCAUCCUCGUUGUUUGCUUGCUACCAACAAGGAACAAGUAGAACAAGCAGUAAGUUCUGGUCAACUGUUCCCGUCCUUUUUGAUCAUGAACCGAGUCAGCCAGACAAAGCGCAAAGAAGCCUCACAGUAACGAGCUAUGUCUCCCGAAUUCCUUGCGACGCCUAUCAUCGAGGAAGCUAUGACUUCUGAUUCUGAAGUCCCUGCGCUGCCGGCUACUGAAGAAGCUCAGGACCCAACUCAAACCGAAAAUUCAGCUCCGAAGCAAGAAUUUGUAGGCCACGAGGACUAUGUUUGGGCUUUUGUCUUCUUGCACGACAAUAUCCACAUCGUGAGUGGCUCGUGGGACGGCACGAUGCGCAAGUGGGACUGCGACACGGGGCUUCUUGUCGGACAACCAUGGACAGGCAAGGGAGGCUGCAUACAUGCAUUAGCACUUUCACCGGACGGAAGGACAGUUGCGUGUGGAAGGAUGGACGGAAGCGUUCAGCGGUGGGACACCGACAGUGGAAAGAUGAUUGAAGACGUUUGGACGGGUCAUAGCCGGGAAGUAAGGUCACUGUCGUGGUCACCCAACGGAGACCAUAUUGCAAGUGGGUCCAGAGAUGGGACAAUCCUAAUCCGAAAAUUAGACAGUGGACAAACCGAGAUGGGCCCGAUCAAGACGGGGCAGCGUUGGGUGAAUGUUCUUGUGUAUUCACCUUCAGGCGACAAAAUCGCAUCAGGCGGGUUGAAUGAGACGAUCUGCAUUUGGGAUACAAAAACAGGCGAGCUCGUUCUCGGCCCCAUCGAAGAACUGGGGGCCAGUGUUACGUCGUUGUUGUGGUCGUCGGAAAGCAAAAAAGUUUACGCCGCUUCAGACAAAUUUGUGCGUGUUUUCGACAGUAAUUCAGGUAUCGAACUUCAUCGCUUCGAGCACGACGAUUUGGUGAAUUCUAUCGCGCUUUCACCCAAACACAAUGUACUGGCCUGCGUGGGCCAGCCAGGUGUUGCACAACUAUGGGACACAGAGUCCUAUGAACCAUUACUCCGUCAGUCAUUCAUUGACCGCCAAACUCUUCGCUGCGUAGCAUUCUCUCGAGAUGGGAGAUACCUAGCAAGUAGCGGACUUGACAAAAAACUCACCCUGUGGGUGGUAAAAGACAUGGUCCCUGAGCUUACAGUAAGUGUUUGCACGCCCAUACUGCAAGUUGACAAGCUAUACAGUAGGAAACUCAACCCCAGUCACCAACACCAUCUUGCCUCGACGUCGAUGUUACAAAUCCUCAAUCAAGGAGCGAUGUGUUCACCGACGACGAGUCGGAUACUUCAUACGGUGAUUGCUUUCAGACUGACCAGCCCUAUCAUCCUUCGGCACCAUCUUCAGGACCCUAUCGUCGUUCCCGGAAUCACAAUCUAUCCCCCACUCAGCGCUUCUGGAACACUAUUACUGUCCCUUCUCGACGCCACUUGCCAGCAAAUGAGUCCACCGCGCUGCAACCACGUCCCAAGCACAGUUUCUUUGCACAAUACACUGGCCCGCAGCCCGUAACAGUCGCAUCUGGAGGGGAAAAAAGUAGGAUCUACGUAGAACGUCCGCCUGUGAAGAUUAACACUCAAACUGGUCAGUCAUCUUCAACGAUAACUCAGCCUACAGCGCAGCCACGUUCGAUGUCACGGCCUCAGACUCAGACUCA